UAGGCGGCUAUCGAGGACUCACGGACCGAUAGAUUCGGCCAAAUGAAAACAUUGCCGGAGAAAAAAGCGGAAAUUGUUAAUUAAUCCGUAAUCACAGGAUGGGGGACCAACAACAGCUGAUCCUGGCCACCGGUGGCUAUGACCACACAAUAAAGGUGUGGCAGGCGCACACGGGCAACUGCAUAAAAACGAUGAGAUUCGUGGAGACCUCGCAAGUGAAUGCGCUGGACAGGACGCCGGAUAAGACGCGUCUGGCGGCGUGCGGAUACCAGUGCAUCCGGCUGUACGACCUGGAGUCCAACUGCACCGCACCGGUGAUCAAUUUCGAUGGCGUGCAGAAGAAUGUGACGCGACUGGGCUUCCAGGAGGACGGCAACUGGAUGUUCACCGCCGGCGAGGAUCAUCACGUUAGGAUCUGGGACAUGAUCGCCGCACCGCCCCACUGCUCCCGGGUGUUCGACUGUGAGGCGCCGGUAAAUGCCGCCUGUUUGCAUCCCAACCAGGUGGAGAUCGCCAUGGGCUCGCAGAAUGGCAGCGUCUUUCUGUGGGACGUCAAGUCGGAGCGGCACGAACGCAUCGUGCCCGAGGUGGAUGCAUCCAUACAGGAUGUGGCCAUCUCGCCGGAUGGCAGAUACCUGGCGGCGGCCAAUAACAAGGGCAACUGCUACAUCUGGUCGCUGACCAGUCAGGAUCAGAAGAUGAGCACGCUGCGGCCGACCAAGAAGAUUCCGGCGCACACUCGCUACAUACUGCGCUGCAAAUUCAGUCCGGAUUCCAGGCUCCUGCUAACGACCUCGGGAGAUGGCACGGUGGGCAUUUGGAAGACGGACGACUUCACCAAAUGGCGCGAGCUGUGCAUCGAGAACUAUUGGGUGUGGGAUGCCGCCUUUAGCGCCGAUUCCAAGUGGCUGUUCACCGCCUCAUCCGACGGCAUUGCACGGCUGUGGAAGCUGCACACGAAGAGUCCCAUCAGGGACUAUACCGGUCACACCAAGGCCAUCACUGCCCUGUCCUUCAAGGACGAGAUCGUGGGCAAAUAG